AUGGACGCGGCGGCGGGGACGGCGGCGGCGCUGCCGGAGGCGUGGUCGCAGGUGCGCGCGCCGGUGAUCGUGCCGCUGCUGCGGCUGGCGGUGGCCGUGUGCCUCACCAUGUCCGUGCUGCUCUUCCUGGAGCGGAUGUACAUGGCCGUCGUCAUCGCCGGGGUGCGCCUGCUGCGGCUCCGCCCCGAGCGCCGCUACCGCUGCGACCCCAUCCCCGAGGACGACCCGGAGCUCGGCUCCGAGGCGUUCCCCUCCGUGCUCGUCCAGAUCCCCAUGUUCAACGAGCGCGAGGUGUACCAGCUGUCAAUCGGCGCGGCGUGCGGGCUGUCGUGGCCGUCGGACCGGCUGGUGGUGCAGGUGCUCGACGACUCCACGGACGAAGUGAUUAAGGAAAUGGUGCGGCUGGAGUGCGAGCGGUGGGCGCGCAAGGGCAUCAACAUCACGUACCAGAUCCGGGACGACCGCAAGGGGUACAAGGCCGGGGCGCUCAAGGCCGGGAUGAAGCACGCGUACGUGCGCGCGUGCGAGUACGUGGCCAUCUUCGACGCCGACUUCCAGCCCGACCCGGACUUCCUCAAGCGCACCAUCCCCUACCUCGUCCACAACCCGGAGAUCGCCCUCGUCCAGGCGCGCUGGAGGUUCGUGAAUGCGGACGAGUGCCUGAUGACGAGGAUGCAGGAGAUGUCCCUGGACUACCACUUCACGGUGGAGCAGGAGGUGAGCUCCUCCGUCUGCGCUUUCUUCGGCUUCAACGGAACCGCUGGCGUGUGGCGCAUUUCCGCGGUUAAUGAGGCCGGAGGGUGGAAGGACAGGACCACGGUGGAGGACAUGGACCUUGCUAUUCGGGCGAGCCUCAAGGGCUGGAAGUUUGUCUACCUCGGUGAUGUUCAGGUGAAAAGUGAGCUGCCGAGCACCUUCAAGGCGUUCCGGUUCCAGCAGCACAGGUGGUCCUGCGGGCCCGCCAACCUGUUCAGGAAAAUGCUCAUGGAGAUUGUGACAAAUAAGAAAGUGACGAUCUGGAAGAAGAUCCAUGUCAUCUACAACUUUUUCUUGAUACGCAAGAUCGUGGCGCAUAUUAUAACCUUUUCAUUCUACUGCCUUGUCAUCCCAGCAACAAUCUUCGUCCCAGAGGUCCGCAUACCGAAGUGGGGCUGUGUAUACAUUCCCUGUGCCAUCACCCUUCUCAAUUCUGUUGGCACUCCCAGGUCUUUUCACUUGCUUUUCUUCUGGGUCGCCUUUGAGAACGUCAUGUCCCUGCACAGAACAAAAGCCACAUUGAUCGGCUUGUUAGAGGCUGGCAGGGCCAACGAAUGGGUCGUGACAGCAAAGCUCGGCAGCGCUAUGAAGAUGAAAUCAUCUAAUAAAGCAGGACUCAAGAAACAGUUCAUGAGGAUAUGGGAGAGGUUGCACAUUACGGAGCUCGGUGUGGGAACCUUCCUCUUCUCCUGCGGAUGGUAUGAUCUUGCGUAUGGGAGGGACCAUUUUUACAUAUACCUCUUCUUCCAGUCCAUAGCUUUCUUCAUUAUCGGUUUUGGCUACGUUGGCACAAUCGUCCCGCAGUCGUAACAGAAGUGUUCAGUUCAUCCGCCUUCGGCUUUCGCAUCGUCUUCAGCAAGUUUCGUAGUGGAUAACCAGUUUGAAGUAAAGAUCAUAAGGUCCUCUCUUCCAUCGUCUUUUUGGGGACCGGCCAUGUAGCCUUCCAUCGUAUGUGCUACUGUAAAAUAGGAAAUGCAGUGUUGCAAGACCACUGCAGGAAAAUUUAGAUAUUGGUGCCGUAUGGGCAGAAAAUGUUGUGGCGUUUUUGCUUAUAUAUUAUAGCAAGUAUGUACUGAGUUUUAGGGGGCGCAGGAUGGCUGCUUCCAAUGUACUAGUAACAUACAGAAAAAGAGGUUCAGACAUGUGUUGAGAAACAUCAAGUGUUCAUCCUUCUCUUGUACGACGCUACAUUUGACACGUGCUGAAUAUAGUCCCCUAUUGUAGUGUCUUCUCA